UUUGUCUCAUUUCCUCCACUAACCUUUCUUUCCUAUCUUAGUGACUUAGUGAGACCUAGUAGUCUCAAUACUCCCCAAUUCCAUUUAGGUACCUAAAUCUCAUUAUUUCGUUCUUAGAGUCUGCCUGUUCUGAUUGUUGCUCGUUGUAGCUUCACAGCUGCAGUAGCCCCAUAAUGUAAAGGAACAUAUUGUAGGAACAAGUAUGAACAAUUCUAAGGUUUCUGAUGACUAUAGAAUAUCUGUGUUAAAUGAGUCUCACUGUAAUUCAGGGAGGAAUGGUAGAAUUUAAGCAUCUUGUUAUAAAUCAGUAUUAAUCUGGUGGCUUACUACCAGAUUUGUAAGUAUUUGUUAGUAAGGCGAAGGAAAGACAGAAGGCCACUCUGUCUGUGGCACUGAUGCUGGAAUGCCUGAGGAUGCCAAGGGGAUCUUGGCAGCAGGCCGUCAGACACUCCCUGUGAGUCUGUGACUCUUGUGUCUGGGCUGCAUGGAAUCAAAGCUGGAAUGGAGGUGGCCUCGAUAUUUUAUUUCGCACAAUCCCCCUCUCUGAUUCUUUGGGAGACCAGCAUAUUAAGUCUCCUUACUCUUGGUUCUCUAGGAGAUUAACAUGUCAAUCUCUUCAAUGAAUCAUUCCUGUAAAGAUUAAAAUUAAUAUACAAUAACUAUAUUAUAAUUUAGAAAGUUUAUUAAUAAUAACUAAAGUAAAAGCUAGCUACCUAACUCAGCUCAGGUCACAAGAGUGAGCGGGUGGAGCUACAGAACUUAUAAACAAUUAUGUGAAGAUGCAAACAUGCAGAAAGGCAAAAGCAUUCUGGGUAAUAUAGUUUUAGGGGUUCAAGAUUUUCUAACUAUACAUACUUCCCUGUGAUCCUCUUGGGAGACCAGUCUCCCCCAAAGGAUCAUGGAAACAAUCAAUUUAUAAAUUGCAAUAAUUUGUGGAUAAAAGGAAAAUAAAAGAGAAGAAAAACAAAACCAAUGAUUGCUCCAUUGAAAAAAAAGCCAAUUUGGGGGCAUUUCCCUUUGGCAUAAGAGUAUAUACUCAAAACAAAUAUGUUCAACCCCCUAUAGUUCAAAUUAGCACAUCCCAAAGUUCACUCUGGAUCUUCUAGUGCAGCAUGUGGUCUCUGCAGACAUAUUCAUGGCUCCUUCUCCAAACAGUUCACUUUCUGGAUUCUGGGAGGUAGUCUAUUAUUUCUUAUCUUAAAUUAGUCUCAAAUUCAAAUAAAAGUUCACAACAAUAAUAAUCCCCCCUUAGGAGAACAACAACACAUUCCCCAUUGAGGAGGUUAAUAACAAACACAGGGAUCACUCAGGGAUACACAGCUCAAUGAUGAGGUAUUUGAAUCAAUUGGCAAAAGAAAUAAAAAACAUCAAAAAAUCCAAAGAAAAAAUAACUUGUGGAUAAAGUAUAAAAUAUCAAAGUCUUAUGUAUGAAAAAUCUAAGUAAAGGAAAAAUAAACCUAAUUAAAGUGAUUUAAGCAAUUAUGCACUUCCCCAAUCAGUAUCCAGGACUACAGAAAGUUUGCCACAUUAUGAGAGACAGAAAAGGGACUAGAUUAUGGGAAUCAGGAUGGCAGAAAUAGUGAGAUGCUUGAUGGGGUUCAGGGAAGUCCUGCCUCUGACAUGUCAAAAAUAGCUGCGACCUCGAACUCCAAACAAGUUCAAGUCCUCUUGGCUCAAAAUUUGAUCAGUCCCACGGGGAUUGGUUUGUCUCUUUGACCUUGUGCUUGAUUGGCACUAUGCAGGUUAGCUUUGGGCUUCUUUGGCACUGUGCAGUGGCUCUUUUUUUGUUCCCUUUUCUUAGAAUCAGAAUCAUUAGCAAAGUCCCAUAAUUUUUUAAACAACGAAUGGAAUUAUUCUAUGGUCUAAAGCUUUUUGGGGAAUGUAUUAAUAUUAUAACAAGUGUGUUUUAAACUUAUAUUACUGCAAAAUCACAAAAGUUAAAGAAAAUCUUCUCAAUACUGUUGACAUGUGAUUCGAAUACAAAAGGAGAGAAAAAAUAAAACUCAAAUACUUUAUUGCACAUGCAAGGAAAAAUCAUAAAAAAGUUUUAAAAGUCAAAAAUAUAUAGCUUACAGUGAUACACUGUGUCAGCCAAGGAGAGGUAGAAUACAAAGGUUCCUCACCCAAAAAUGAGAUCCAUUUCCUUUUUAACUUGGCCAUGAACCAUUGAGUGAGUGCAAAUGAUUUUUACAAAGUAACAGAUUUAUAAAAGAGUAUAGUAUAUAAUGCGCAUUUAAAGAAAGUACCAAAAUCCCCCAGAUUAACAAUAGCCCAGUUAAUAACAAUAGCAAACAAACACACUAUCAUAUAGGAUUCACAUAAGUUGCUGUAUCACAUUUCAAAAAAACCAGGCACCUCUUGAGUCAACUGUAAGCAUAUGAAGACCUGGUUGGUUUUGUAUAACUGCCUUGCUAAGGAAUGUUAUGAUUAGUGUUUAUUUAGUUUUAUUAAGAGCAGGGUUUUAGAUCAGAGAAAGGGUUUUUGAUUUUUACUACUUCCCCUUUAAGAGGAAAGACACAGAAUGUGCAGUGGUCACUUUAAGAGGCCGAGGAUAAAGGAAAGUCAGUUGGAAGUUCUGGGGGCAGUCUCUCCUGACUUGUUUUGGAGACAGUUGGUGGCUGCGUCAUUCUCUGACAGAAAAGAUUUGUUUUGUUAUUCUGAGUCUGUUUGAUUUGAGAUUCAUACUUGGCAUGGGCAAGGUCCAGCUUUACUCGCAACUCCAGGGGUUCCUGACAGGUAUCUGUGACAUUUGAAGAUGUGGCUGUGGAAUUCACUUGGGAGGAGUGGAGAUAUCUGGAUCUUGGUCAGAGGACCCUGUACAGGGAUGUGAUGUUGGAGAACUAUGAGAACCUGGUCUCCAUAGGGAUUCCUGUUUCCAAGCCAGAUUUGCUCUUCCUGCUAAAGAGAGAUGUACAGAAUCAAGAGGGAAAAGUUAGAUCAGGCAUUUAUUCAGAUCCAGUUUUUGAAGAGAACACAUUUGGAACCAAGGUUUCAAGUCUGAAGCAAGUCAUCUCUUCUGAAGUAUUAUCUGAUCAAAAAGUGGGAAAGAAUAUGGUUUGGGAUUCCAAGAUGAAAGAAUCUGGAAUUUGUAGUAAUAAUUUGGAGAAAAAGAAGGACCAGCAGGAGAGGCAAUCUAGACAAGUAGCAAUAGGUGCUGAAAUAAGUAUGAAUAAAGUGAAUGUACCUCAGUGUAAUACAUUUAAGAGAAGUUUCAGGCUGAAGUCAUCCUUAGUUGCCCCACAGAGAAGAGCUUUGCAGAAAAUUCUCUGCAAAUUUAAGGGACUUGCAAUGAGCUUUAGGAAGCUUCCUAAUAUAUGUGAUCCAUUCUUCUUAGGGAGGAGCCUAUAUAAGUAUACCAGAUGGAAGAAGCCCUUCAGGUACCAUUCAGAUCUAAUUAAAUUGAAAGGAAUGUAUGCUAGAGAAAAGCUCGAUGAACUCAAACCAGUCACUGUCAGAAGAUCGAAUUUCAGUGUAUAUCAGAAAAUUCAAAAGGGAAAGAAAUAUUACAUAUGUAAAAAAUGUGGAAAAGCCUUUAUCCCAAAGGAAAUGUUACCUAACCACCCAAAAAUUCAUAAUACAAAGAAAAACCUUGGUUAUAAUGAAUGGAGAAAAGUCUUUAGUGAGAGAAGACACUUCAUUAGUUAUAAAAGAAUACAUUUUGGAAAAACACCCUUUCUUUGCAAUAAAUGUGAAAAAUUCUUUGGGUGUAGAACUGUCCCUAAUAGCCAUCAGAAAAUUCAUGCUGGUGAAAACUUUAUUCUGUGUAGUGAAUGUGGAAAAGCUUUCUUUUCAAAGGAACAACUUAUCACCCAUCAGAGAACUCAUCCCAAAAAGAAGCCAUUUGAAUGUGAUGAAUGUGAGAAAGCCUUUAGUCGCAAGGGACAUCUUGUUUGCCAUCAGAGAACUCAUACUGGAGAGAAACCUUUUGAAUGUAAUGAGUGUGGAAAAGCCUUUAGUUAUAAGAAAAGUCUUGUAAUCCAUCAAAGAACUCAUAGAGGAGAGAAACCAUUUGGAUGUAAUGAAUGUGGGAAAGCUUUUAGCUGGAAGGAAAGUCUUAUAACUCAUCAGAGGACUCAUACUGGAGAGAAACCAUUUGAAUGUAAUGAAUGUGGGAAAACUUUCAUUAUUAGACAAAGCCUUAUAAAACAUCAGAGAGUUCACACUGGAGAGAAACCAUUUCAGUGUAAUGAGUGUGGGAAAGCCUAUACGUGUAAUUCAACUCUUAUUGUCCAUCAGAGAAUUCACACUGGAGAGAAACCAUUUGAAUGCAAUGAAUGUGGGAAAGCCUAUACCCGGAAGGGACAUCUUGUUUCCCAUCAGAGAACUCAUACUAGAGAGAAACCAUUUGAAUGCAAUGAGUGUGGGAAAGCCUUUAGUCAUAAGACAAGUCUUGUAGUCCAUCAAAGAACUCAUAGAGGAGAAAAGCUAUUUGAAUGCAAUGAAUGCGGAAAAACUUUCAUGGAAAAGAAUAGUCUUAUAAGACAUGGGAGAAUUCACACUGGGGAGAAACCAUUUGAAUGCAAUGAAUGUGGGAGGACCUUUAGUUUCAAGGACAGUUUUAUUAGACAUCAGAGUAUUCAUUCUGGAGAGAAACCAUUUGAAUGCAAUGAAUGUGGGAAAGCUUUUAAGCUUAAGAAGAGUCUUAUUAGCCAUCAGAGUAUUCAUAGUGGAGAGAAACCAUUUGAAUGUAAUGAAUGUGGAAAAACUUUUAGUAUGAGGAAUAACUUUAGAAGACAUCAAAGAACUCACACUGGAGAGAAACUGUGUCAAUGUAAUGAGUGUGGGAAAGCCUAUACUUGUAAGGCAUCUCUUAUAGUCCAUCAGAGAAUUCACACUGGAGAGAAACCAUUUGAAUGCAAUGAAUGUGGGAAAACCUAUAUCUGGAAAGGACAUCUUGUUUCCCAUCAGAGAACUCAUACUGGAGAGAAACCAUUUGAAUGUAAUGAGUGUGGGAAAGCCUUUAGUUAUAAAACAAGUCUUGUAGUCCAUCAAAGAACUCAUAGAGGAGAAAAGCCAUUUAAAUGCAAUGAAUGUGGAAAAACUUUCAUUGAAAAGCAAAAUCUUAUAAGACAUGGGAGAAUUCACACUGGGGAGAAACCAUUUGAAUGCAGUGAAUGUUGGAGGACCUUUAGUUGCAAGGAAAGUCUUAUUAGUCAUCAGAGUACUCAUACCGGAGAGAAACCUUUUGAAUGCAAUGAAUGUGGGAAAGCCUUUAGCCUGAAGAAGAGUCUUAUUAGCCAUCAGAGGACUCAUACUGGAGAGAAACCAUUUGAAUGUAAUGAAUGUGGAAAAACUUUUAGUAUAAGGAAAAGCCUUAAGAGACAUCAAAGAACUCACACUGGAGAGAAACUGUUUCAAUGUAAUGAGUGUGGGAAAGCCUAUACUUAUAAUUCGUCUCUUAUUUUCCAUCAGAGAACUCAUCACAGAGAGAAAGCAUUUGAAUGUAACGAAUGUGGGAAAGCUUUUAGCCUUAAGCAGAGUCUUAUUAGCCAUCAGAGUACUCAUAGUGGAGAGAAAACAUUUGAAUGUAAUGAAUGUGGAAAAACUUUUAGUAUAAGGAAAAGCCUUAGGAGACAUCAAAGAACUCACACUGGAGAGAAACCAUUUGAAUGUAAUGAGUGUGGGAAAGCCUAUACUUAUAAUUCGUCUCUUAUUGUCCAUCAGAGAACUCAUCACAGAGAAAAACCAUUUGAAUGUAAUGAAUGUGGAAACACCUUUAGUCAUAAAAGAAUACUUACUAUUCAUCAAAAAACUCAUACUGGAGAAAAACCUUUUGAAUGUAGUGAGUGUGGGAAAGCCUUUAGACAGAAGGUGCACCUUGUUUACCAUCAGAGAAUUCAUACUGGAGAGAAACCAUUUGAAUGCAAUGAAUGUGGAAAAGGCUAUAGGCAGAAGGGACAUCUUGUUUGCCAUCAGAGAACUCAUAACAGAGAGAAACCUUUUGAAUGUAGUGAGUAAGGGAAAGCCUUUAGUCAGAAAAGAAAACUAAUUAUCCAUCAGAGAUCUUAUAAUUUUGUAUGUUUGUAACCAGUUACUAAAAAAUACACAAAAUCCAACCUCCUCCAUUCUUCCAGAAUGAAUGGUGGGGAGGGGCAUCCAGCACAGACAAAUCAUAGAACAUGGACUGAUAACACAGACAGAGACACAUUCAAGGUCUUUCAUGUACUCCCUGACAUCAUAGAACAUAAAGUUAUGAUAAAUAAUUACUAGAGUCUUCUUUUCAUCCUGGCAUAAAGACCAACUGUUGCAAAUCAUAGCUGCAGAACUCAAGAAAUCUUUAGGAAAAGGAUGCUCAUUAAUAAUGAAGGAAGAGAAAAUAAAAGGAUGCUUUGAGGGAUCAGAAAAUUGAAAUUGUCAAUGUAGUUAUCUAAUUCUUGCUCCCUGAGUCAUAUGUUGGGGGUAGGAAUAAGAAAUAUUAAUUUGAUCAGGCUUUAAAAAAAAAUUUCAGAACCUGGUUGGUCUGAAAAAGGGUUAAUUUUGUAAGAAGCAAAGUUUGACAUUGUUAAAUUCUCUCUCUAGACACUCCAUGAGAUUUUUGCUAUUAAAAGCCUGAAAAGCUUCCUAAGUUAACUUCUGUUUGGCGGAGUAGGGUUGCUUCCCCCUCAGGUGUAAAAUCCUGAGGGCUGACUAAUUGGGUUGUUUUUCCCCUGAGGCAAGGGGGUUUGGAAGUCCUCAGGGCCUUGCUUCUAAGAUUUAAAAUGGUUCUUUUCUAUUUAUUUUAAGGAGAAAGGGAAGAAUUGAACUUACCUUUCUUGCAUCUGUGAAUUGUAGAAGAGACUGACGAGAUUUUUACAGAGUGAAGGAAAAGUCAAGAAAAUUUGUUAGAGGUUGAGGGUACUUGUCACAACUUUUGUUGUCAUCCAGAAUGCAAGGGCUAAAAAUUAAAGGAUUGGACUAAAUUUUCCAAAAAUUAUUACUCAAGCCAGAAUGACUUUUUAUGUUAGUUUAUUUACAAAAAGAGAAAGAGUAAAAGUAAGGAAAUGGCACACACACACACACACACACACACACACACACACACACACACACAAGAGUUUGGCUUCAUCCAAACCGGGCAGGGCUUCAGAGGCUCCAGCAAGAGUGGCCCAGAGGUAAAUUAAAUAAGAGUUCUAGCCCCUCCAAGAUGAGGGUCCUCUCCAGAGAUUAGUACCUCCAGAAAAGUCAGGAAAGGGAGUCAGUCUUUUUCACUCACCCACAUGGUAGUUCUAAAGGAAAAUUGAAGAGCAGUCCUAGGUCCCAAACGAGCUCCUUCAAAGUCAUGUUCCAAGGUGAAAGCUAUUCACAGGAAGUUCUUGCCACUUUUAAAGACCCUUUCAUUAUUUACUGUGCCUUCCUUCCACUUUGUGUGGACCAACUGCAGCUUUUAGCUUUGCUGAGGACUGCCCAUGGCAUAGUCAAUUCUGAUUCAUUACCCACUAUAGCACACAUGGGUCACAGAUUUCCCCAUACUUAAGGAUAUGUGGGGUGUAUACAUUUCUGGUGAUUAAAAAUGGGCAGGGGAGAGUUAAUCCCAUCUUCGAGGGGGGGGGGAGAAGGAACCAAAAGGUCUUAUAAGAAGAGGGAAGUAAGAAGGGAGUGAGGAGUAAUGGGAAUAAUAUAAGGGAGGGGAAAGAUGGUCAGACUAAAAGCAAAACAUUAAGAGGAAAAGGAAAGAAUAAAAGGAGAGAGGUCAGGAUUAAAGAAGGAAAUAAAAAUUGAGGGGAAGUACACAGAUGGUAAUCAUAACUGAAUGUGAAUGUGAUGAAUUCAUCCAUAAAAUACAAGAGGAUACCAGAAUUGAUUAAACACCAGAAUCCUAGCAUGUGUUGUCUACAAGAAACACAUAAGGCAGGUAGACACCCACAGGGUAAAGGUAAGAGGUGAGAGCAGAAUCUAUUGGGCUGCAACUAAGACAAAGAAUGCAUAGGGAUAAAAAGUAAUACACCUUAUUUUCUGUAGCACAUGGUACAUAUACAAAGAUUGACCAUGUACUAGGGCAUAAAAACAUCACAAAACAAAUAUAGAAAAGCAGAAAUAAUAAAUGCAACUUUUCAGAAUAUAUUGUGAUAAAAAUUAUAAUUAGUAAGGGUCAACUGAGAAGCAAAUUUAAAAUCAAUUGGAAACUAACAAUCUAAUUCUCCAAAACUGGUCGAUCAAAGAAACAAUUACUGAUUUCAUUGAAGAGGAGACAACACAUAAAAACAACACAUUGGUGAGGAGACAACACAUAAAAAUCCAUGGGAUACAGCCAAAGCAGAACUCCGAGGAAAAUAAUAUCCCUGAGAGUCUAUAUCAAAAAAUAGAGAAGUAAAAAAUUAAUGAAUUGGGCAUACAACUAAAAACUAGAAAAAAGAACAAAUUAAAAAACCCCAAUUAAAAAGUAAACAGGAAAUCCUAAAAAUAAAAGGAGAAAUUAAUAAAAUUGAAAGUAAAAGAAAAACUAAUGAAUAAGACUAGGAGCUGGUUCUUUGAAAAAAAAAACAAAUUAAAUAAAAUAUUGGUUAAUUUUUAAAGAGAAUCAAAUUAACUGUCAAAAAUGAAAAGGGUGAUAACACCUCCAAGCAAGAGGAAAUUACAGCAAUUAUUAAGAGUUAUUUUGCCCAAUUACAUAAGAAAUAUGACAAUCUAGGUAAAAUGGACAAAUGUUUAGAAAAAUUAAUUGCACAGAUGCACAGAAAUGGAAAUAGAAUACUUAAUCCCAUAUCAGAAAAAGAAAUUGAAUAAGCCAUUAAGGAAUCCCAUAAGAAAAAAAUGCCCAGUGCCAGAUGGUUUCACAAGUGAAUUCUAUCAAACAUUUAAGGAACAACUAAUCCCAAUACAGCUGAGAGCCAUCAAGGCAUGACACCCUGACAAAGUCACUUGUGGCAGCCAAGGGGUCAAAGAGUGGCUCUUUGGAAAAAUGGAAUUACCCAUUCAGCCCCUUCUUGUCUUUGAGUUUCUGAUUGAUUAUUUCUUUUCAUUAAAAGUAAUAAGUAAAUUUCCUUGAUUGUUUGCAAGCUCAAGCUCCUCACAGGGUAAUGAGAAAAUUAAGCUACCAUUGACAAAAUUAUUUAUCUUGUGUGAAAUCUUUAUUCUGUCAAAAAUCUAUAAUCACAAUAAAAGAAUAUAGUAUAA